UACGUGUGCCAUCAUCAACGGGGCUAAUGCUAGUCUAAGUCACACACCAUUACGGUGUUGGAGAUAUUGAAUCCUUUGUGCUUGGAAAUACUUGACACUUCCUUAGCCUCACGAGCAUCUUAGGUGUGGCGGAAACUUAAGUCUUCUGCCGACUGGAACCAAGCACGACUGGCUUGCUGCUAUUCACAAUACCCUAAAAACUUGCCUAGCCCUAUCAGUUGGUUGAUCUACGAACAUUAGCACCCUCCCUUCUAUGGGCUCACGAUCGACUAUGCCUCAUGACUCUCGAUAGAUGAAGUUCUAAUUGCUCUCCGCCUCUUCAUCUCCUCUCGAAUACAUGGAUCCGAUCAGGAGACUGCCGCCUUGAACACUUCUUACAUCUGGGGAUCUUGGAGAUUUCUUUGUCCUCAAAACUCGCUUCCUAGCCGGAUGAUCGCCGUCAUCAUUUUAGAAUCACACUCCGCGCCAUCAUGGAGCUCGACGCCCAGCAGGCACCACUCAGUCCCUUUGGGACGUAUGCAUGUCAGGUGAAACAUACUCAGCACAUGGAGUUGGGCGGACGGCCCUCAUUGCCGUCUUCGUCAGUAUCAUCUCGCUCUCCAGCGCCGUGCGAAGGGUCUAGGGGUGUUGGCGUGAGCUCUUGGGAUUCGUGGGAUUUGAACCGGGCCCCUAAUGCUAUCCCAAGUGCAAGAUCGUGCUCAAAGUCCUGGACACCCACCAAGUCGCCAUAUGACUCUCCCCAGAAGAUGGAGGCUCGGUUUAAGACGUGCACGCCUUGUGUUGAAUCUGAGGAGCAACGAGCUGAGGCAAAUCUUCCUAAGCAUUCUUCUACGCAGCCAGAACUGCCUUCGUGGCAACAAAGAAAGCGAAUCCGUACACUGGACGACGUCGAUGGUCCGGGCACUGCUGCGCUGUCAUGUAAGAAACGCCGCCUUCUCCUGCACCUUGUCACGUCACGCCUGUCGCGCCCGUUUUCGCUUCCUGCGACACAUAUCCUCAUCCGGGAAAGCGGCGACAACAUGCCUGUUCUACAUCGCAUCCAACAACUCGCGGCACUCGGAGCCCGACGGUCUGCCGGAAACCAGGGCGCACUACUUGUGCGGAAGGCUGCCAUCCUCAACCGUGUGCGCAUCGGCGUGCGGAAGGCCGCUGUGUCCAGGGGCCAUACGAUAAUGGCCGAUCUUGCGGCGCGGUAUAAUGCGCUCAAUCACGGAUUGCUUCUAGUUACAACACCCACAUCCGCUACAUUCACCGUCGCCAACGUGCCAAUAGUUGCACAAGGCCAUAGGACGGUGCCACCUAUCUGGCGGCCUCAUACUACUAGCUUUCACCCGCCUAUACAUCACGGACAUCAUCAAUACUAUGCUAAUUAUCACCCUUAUCACCAACCAUAUCAUCAGCAGCAACAGCAUCAACAACAUCAGAAACAAGACAGAUCCAGUCGUAGUAUAGAUAUAGCAAACCGCUUUGAUACACGACAGGCAAUCAUUCCUAACCAAGGCUACGAACAACAUAAUAGUACUACGGAUAUAACGCAAACGGAAGUAAACCUCACACACAAAUACCCCAGCGAGACAGCACCACCAGAACAACCAAGAAGCUCCAUCCCCACUCCCAUUCCACCACCCGCCGAUGCCGUCAGCGACGAAGAGGACAACACGGCAUUCCCGGCGGCGAGCUUCCGCGAUCGGUACGCGGACCUCUCCGACGACGACAUGGACGACGUAUACGCCGACUUUGGCGUGCUCUUCGGCUCCGGCGCGCGGUCGCCGGAUAGGGGGGCCACGAGGAGUCCUGCCGAGGAGCAGUUCUACGAGGAGUAUCUGGACGAACUGGAUGGGAUUCCUUGGGUUGUUUGAGAUAUAAUCAGUACAUCGUAAUACCAACCCUCCCACCCAUCUAUUAUGUGUGCAAUACGUCUGUCUCUGUUGGUGUAUGGACCUGACAGAGGGGAUUGGAAGCAUUCACCGGAAACUGACUCAUUCCGGUGUACGAUGUAUUACAGGGAUCAGUGUGAAGUGAACCUGGUGGUUAAUCAAAGCGAGAGAUACAGGAAAUCGUGGCUUUAUUUAGUAGGGAGCGCUGUUGAGACGGGGAUUGCGCCCAAUCGAUAGCAUCUAUCAUUUUGAUAACAUGCCUAUCAAAAGAAAAGCAUAGACAGGUUUCUUUCUCCACGAUUAAAUGUGGCGAUUACCUAUUGAAUCUAAGCGCACCCAGAAUAACUUCCUACCCGGCGAAAUGCUACCUACACCCUCUAACUCCC